AUGCUGGCAACCCUGGUGAGCGAGCCUUCCGUAAGCUCUCUGACGCCAGCCAUUGAUCGCAGCAACCUGCGCGUGAUUGAGCACCUGGCCAACUGGCUCGACGCUCUGGGUUUUGACACCGAACUGAUGCCCCUGCCUGAUGCCCCGCACAAAGCCAACCUUGUUGCGACCUUAGGCUCCGGAGAGGGCGGCCUGGUGCUCGCGGGGCACACUGAUACCGUGCCCUUCGACGAAACAAAAUGGCAAACCGAUCCGUUCACCAUGACCGAGAAAGACAACAGGCUGUACGGCCUUGGCGCCUGCGAUAUGAAAGGCUUUUUCCCAGUGGCAUUAGAAGCGGCCACCACCUUCAUUGAUAAAAAACUCACCGCACCGCUGACCAUUGUCGCCACCUCCGACGAAGAGUCUUCCAUGGCGGGUGCACGUUAUCUGGUCGAGGGCGGCAAACCCAAAGCCAGUUACGGCAUUAUUGGUGAGCCGACCGGGCUGAUGCCCGUGUACGCCCACAAAGGCAUCGCGUUUAUCUCAAUUAAGUUACAGGGUGCAUCCGGGCAUUCCUCUAAUCCGGACCUGGGCUGCAACGCGCUGGACUCCAUGCACAAGGUCAUGAGCGACCUGAUUGCGUUUCGCCAGGAACUGGCCAAUGACCACAUCAACCCCGCAUUUGAGGUGCAGGUACCGACAAUGAAUCUGGGCUGCAUGCACGCGGGGGACAGCCCCAAUCGCAUCUGCAGCCAUGCUGAAUUGCAGAUAGAUAUGCGCUUACUGCCCGGCAUGGAUACAAACGACACCAUUAAACGCCUGCAGGAACGUCUGCAGAAAGCCAUCGCCCAAUGUGGCACCGCGCUUACCGUCACGACCCAAUACCCGCCGGUACCGCCUUUUGAGUCCGAUCUGCAGGGUGACCUGGUGCAGACUUUAGCGACACACUCCGGCGUAGCACCUGGCACUGUCGCAUUUGGCACCGAAGGGCAUUUCCUGCAGAGUCUGGGUAUGGAAACUGUUGUGUGGGGACCUGGCAGCAUUGAUCAGGCACACCAGCCCAAUGAAUAUCUUGCACGUGAUCAGAUUGGUGCCGCACAAGCUUUUGAACAUGUAAAUCUUUCCAACAUGGUUCACGACCUUGCCCUGUUACAUGUGCUCGGCGUACGUCUGAUUCUUGUGCAUGGUGGCCGCCCGCAGAUCGAGCUGGCGUUGCCCGAAUCUUUUUACCAUGGGCAUAGACGUGUCACCGACGAACUCGCGAUGUCGACCAUCACUGCAGUCAACGGACAGUUGCGCACCCGCCUGGAAGCGCUGUUUUCGACAGGCCUGCCCAACUCACCGCUGCACAAAGUCGACAUCCCCGUGAUUGCAGGUAAUUUCAUCACGGCACAACCCAUGGGCAUUCUGGAUGGCGUAGACCAUCUGUUCACGGGCAGCGUGAGACGCGUUGAGACCCGACGCAUCAGGAACAGCCUGGAUGGCGGCGCACUGAUCAUUCAAUCACCGGUGGGCUACUCUCCAUCAGGUCAGGUUUUUAAUCUGCCUGCGGAAGAGGUGGCCACAGAAAUUGCGAUCGCGUUACAGGCAGACAAGUUGAUUUUCUUUGAUGAAGUGGCACACCUGCGAGACGAGCAGGGAAAACGCAUCAGCACGGUGACGCCAGGCAGCCUGGACCAGGCCCUGGCCACUACGGAUGAUGCAAACGCAACACGACUGCGCUACCUGCAGCAAGCCGUUCGGCGCGGCGUGACUAAAUCGCACCUGGUACCUUUCACAGACGACGGCGCCCUUCUGGCGGAGCUGUUUACCGCUGAAGGCAUUGGCACACAGGUCGUUGAACAACAGCACAAAGGGGUGCGAGCAGCUACACGCGAAGAUGUUGCCGGCAUUGUUGAAGUCAUUCGGCCCCUGGAAGAAUCUGGUGCUCUGGUGCGUCGUGAACGCGAUCGACUGGAACAGGAAAUAGAUAAUUUUCUGGUUGCGGAACUGGACGGCAUCGUGGUCGGCUGUUGCGCGGUAUAUCCCUACGGCGCGCAGGCAGAACUCGCGUGUGUUGGCGUGCAUGAAAACUACCAGGCCGGCAAUGGCAUAGGAAUACCCAUGGCGGACGAAAGACCGUAUUCAUCCAUUGUUGUUGAUGGCGUAGAACAAGCACCCAGCCGUGCGAUGCUGUAUCCGGUUGGCUUCACUGAAGAAGAUUUCAAGAAACCACAAAUCGGCAUCGCCUCGACCUGGUCAAUGGUCACCCCUUGUAACAUGCAUAUCAACGCACUCGCUGAUGAAGCCGUGAAAGGUGCUGAUGCUGCGGGUGCUAAAGCCGUGCUGUUCAACACAAUCACGGUAUCCGACGGUAUUUCCAUGGGCACACCAGGCAUGCGCUAUUCGUUAGCCUCCAGGGAAGUGAUCGCCGACAGCAUCGAAACCGUUGUUGGCGCACAGGGAUUUGAUGGGUUUGUUGCCAUAGGUGGCUGCGACAAAAAUAUGCCUGCCUGCGGCAUCGCGAUUGCUCGCAUGAAUCGACCCGCCGUUUUCGUUUACGGCGGCACCAUCAUGCCGGGCGCUGAACGGCGCGACGUGGUUUCGGUUUUCGAGGCGGUAGGACAGCACGCCGCUGGCAAUCUGUCUGACAUCAAGCUCAAAGAAAUUGAAUCAACUGCCAUUCCGGGGCCUGGUUCCUGUGGCGGCAUGUACACCGCUAAUACCAUGGCAUCGGCCAUGGAAGCGCUGGGUUUAUCGUUACCGAACAGCUCUGCACAAAACGCGAUCAGCGACGCAAAAAAACAAGACAGCUACAAUGCCGGAGCUGCGGUACGCAACCUGAUCAAGCUUGGCCUUAAACCCAGUGACAUGUUGAGCCGUGAAGCAUUCGAAAACGCCAUCACUGUCACCAUCGCUCUGGAAGGCUCCACCAACGCCGUAUUGCACCUGUUAGCUAUCGCACAUGCCGCCGGCAUUCCACUGGAACUGGAUGACUUCACCCGCGUGGGGGCACGGGUGCCUGUGCUCGCCGAUAUGAGGCCAGCGGGCGUUUACUCCAUGAGUGAACUCAUCGCUAUUGGUGGCAUACAGCCAUUAAUGAAAACGCUACUUAAUGAAGGUUUACUGCACGGCGACUGCAUGACUGUGACCGGUAAAACACUGGCAGAAAACCUUGCUGGGGUAGCUGACUAUCCGUCUGACCAGAAGAUCAUUCGGCCAAUGAACAACCCGAUCAAGAAAGACAGCCAUCUUGUUAUUCUGCGUGGCAACCUUGCACCGGAAGGCGCUGUUGCCAAAAUCACCGGCCACGAAGGCUUGAACUUUACAGGUAAAGCCCGGUGUUUCCAUGGUGAAGAGGCGGGCAUGGCAGCCAUUAUGGAUGGCACGGUGCAGGCGGGUGACGUUGUGAUUAUUCGUUACGAAGGCCCCAAAGGCGGACCAGGCAUGCGGGAAAUGUUGAGCCCCACCAGCGCCAUCAAUGGACGCGGCUUAUCUGACGAUGUUGCUUUACUGACUGAUGGUCGUUUUUCGGGCGGCUCCCGUGGCUUUGUUAUUGGCCACGUGACGCCAGAGGCGUUCGAAGGUGGUCCUAUCGCUCUGGUAGAAGACGGCGAUCAGAUCACUGUGGAUGCCGAAGCUAAAACCGUGAUCCUGCAUGUAGACGACGCCACUUUAGAAAAGCGAAAGAGCCAAUGGCAGCGACCUGCGCCUUAUACCACUCGUGGCACGUUGGCGAAGUACGCCAAGCUGGUGACCAGUGCGAGUGAAGGUGCGGUGACGGAUAAGUAUCUGGACUGA